ACAUUCGUAUUUUUUUGUUUACACUACAGUCGUAGUUUAUUAACUGCAGUUUACGAUGGAGUAUUAUAUGUAGCUUGCUAGAGAUUUGCGAAGGUAAAGGCACCCGAAAAUGGAGAAUACCGUAUUGGUAUCUAGACCGACGUACAGUAGUUCUACAUUUCAACAAACUUAUGAAACUAUUGAGAAAAAUAAUUCUAAUCUUUGCUCGCGAUUAAAACUAUGGUUUCGACUACAAAUGCAAUGCUCCUUUGCAAGAGUUUGGAGAAUCCUGGUCAGUUUCCUUCCCGUGCUUGGUUGGUUACCGAAAUAUAAAAAGAAAUAUAUUGUUGGUGAUUGUAUUGCUGGGUGGACGGUUGGGAUUAUAAGGAUCCCACAAGGUAUGGCAUAUGCAUUACUGGCAGGGGUACAACCAGUAUAUGGAUUAUACAGUUGCUUCUUUCCUGUUCUUUUAUGGUUUGUGUUUUCAACAUCAAAACACACAUCAGUAGGCACGAUGGCUGUAGUUUGCUUAAUGAUUCAAAACUUGGUUGAUCUCUAUGUCCCUGAUGUUACAACUGCAGUGAAUGGGUCAAUGGUUCUCGUUAACGGGGAACAAGUAGAUUGGAACAAAGUGGAUGAAAAAUAUGUUUUUAUUGAUGAAUCCAACCACCAUGUGAUUAAUGGAAGUUGGUAUUUGGAAGAUUUCUUAUCAAACAGAGAGUUAGAGAAAGUACAAGUUGCCAGUUCCGCUACCUUGUUGGUGGGAUUAAUGCAGUUACUGAUGGCCAUGUUAAGACUUGGGUUUCUCACCACAUUAUUAUCGGACCCCGUCAUUCAAGGCUUCACCACCGGCUCUGCAUUCCACGUCAUGAUGUCCCAGUUAAAAUAUAUGUUCGGACUCGCCAAGUCAGUUGGCAAACACAGCGGCGCGUUUGCAUUGUUCAAGACUUUAGGUGACAUCCUGUCAAACCUGUAUCAUGCGAAUGUUACUGACAUUAUUAUAUGUGUGAUAUCCGUACCAAUACUCAUCAUUGUAAAAUAUAUCAACGACCGAUACAAGAAAGAACUAAAGAACAUCCCGAUUCCAAUUGAGCUGAUACUCGUCGUCAUAGCAACAGUGAUUUCUUACUUUUGCCACUUUGAUGACCCCCCUUAUAAUGUUAAUAUCGUCAAAACUAUUCCUACUGGAUUCCCCAGCUUUUCCACACCCACUUACAUUCAUUUAUGGCCAGAAAUAAUCUCCGAUUGUUUAAUCAUGGCGUUUAUAAGCGUUGCAAUAUCUUUGUCUUUGACGAAAAUAUAUUCUGACAAACAUGGAUAUGAUAUUGAUGCAAAUCAGGUGGGUACGAAGGUAUGACAUCUGGAUUGGCCA